UUUUUUUUUUAAGAAUUUUGAUAAGAUUUAAGUGGGUUAAUGAAAAAUGAAUAAGAAACAGGAUCUGGAAGAUGGUAAAUAUUGGCGUAUGUUACAUGAUGAUGAGAUCCCGGAUGUUGAAUUGCAGGAGGAAGUUGAAUCAGUUUCAAGGGAAUUUGAAGAACCAUGUAUUGAUCUUGGUGCUAAAGGGUUAUGGUCAGAUGAUGAAAAUAUGGAUGAUAAGGAAGAUCUAAGGGAUAUGAAUACUAGAGAUAAUAGAGGAUGGAUGCAUGGUAUGGUAAAAAAUUUGAAGGAAGAUAUGAUGUAUGAGGCAUCGAAGUUUCAAGAGGAUCUUAGGAUAGCUUCAGGAUUUAAAAAAAAUAGAGGGAGAUCAAAGGGACGUAGGGGUAUAGCAGAUAUGGAGCCUUCGGAGGAAGUUAAAUGUUUACUUGGAUAUGCGAAUCAAGCGUUUGCGUCAGGUGAUUUUUCAGAGGCUUUAAAAACUCUUCAGGAAAUUAUUCGUAUUGAUUCUAAUGUUUUUGCUGCAUGGCAAACUCUUGGUGAGGUUCAUCGUGAAAGAGGAAAUAUAGAUAAAUGUCUUGGUGCAUGGAUUAGUGCAGCUCAUCUUAAACCUAAAGAUGCUGAUCUAUGGUUAACAUGUGCAAAAUUGAGUCAGGAUGCUCAGCUUUGGGACCAAGCAGAUUAUUGUUAUAAUAGAGCUAUUCAUGCUCGUCCAGGAGAUGUUGAUGCUAUAUGGGAUCGAGCUGUUUUGGCACGUGAUAAAGGAAGAACAAAAAAGGCAAUCGAUUGUUUUAAGAGUUUGCUUAGUAUUGUUCCAAAUGAUAUGUCCGUAAUUCGUCAAUUGGCUAGAUUAUAUUUUCAAACAUCUCAAGUUUCUGAAGGAAUAGCACUUUAUGAAAAAGCUGUAGAAUAUUAUUUGCGUUUUCCUGCUCCAUUUAAGGAUAAAUGUGGUCUUAAUUGGAGUGAAUUGCAUAUUAUGUCUGAACUUUAUAUAGCUGAUAAACGAUGGAAACAGUGUAUAUAUAAUGUAAAAUACAUAGCAAGAUGGUUAUGUGGUAGAAAAUUAGAAGAUUUUUGGGAUAACUAUUCCGAUGACAGGGAAUGGGAUAAUGAUGAUGAAAGACGAAAGACUGUUCCACAUUCUUUUAGUGAAGAUAAAACACUUUACAAUAUGCCUAUGGAAUUAAGAGUUAAAUUGGGAAUAUGUAGAAUACAAAUGGGUGAUAUAGGUGAAGGGUUACGGCACUUUGAAGUACUAGAUAGCAAUAAUGAUCCUGAAAAAAAUACUGAUUUAAUUUUUGAUGCAGCCAAUAUAUUAACUGAGAAGAAGCUUUACCAUGAAGCUCUUCGUCUUUAUUCUCGUUUAAUUGAAUGUGAUGCAGUAAAUGGACCAGAGUUAUGGUUUUCCAUGGGAAAGUGUUAUAAAGCAAUAAACGAUUUAGAGGCUGCAGAGGAAUGCUUUAAGGGAAUUUCGUCUAAUAGCGAAAAACAUAUAGAAUCUCUUGUUCAGUUAGCAGAUAUAUAUCAAAUUACUGGACGUAGAGAGGAAGCUCUUGAUGUAGUGAAUAAAGUUAUUCGUUACCAACAAAAUGAAAAUUCUACUGUUGCUCAAGUGCAAGAGGAAUCUCAGAAUAUAACUCCUAGGUCUACCUUUAUUAUAGAUACCAAAAUUCCAAAAGAUAGGAUAUCUAAAAAGAUUUCCUUAAAGCCUUCAUUAAAUGAGAGAAUUGCUAUUGAAAUGCGAAGAACUGAGCAUAUAUUAUUUAAGUGGCAAAAAUUAAAUAUAGUUCGUGACAAGAUGUUGCAGGGUGAUUCUCAUGCUGUAAAUGAAUGGUUGGAUACUGCUGGUGAUAUGGUGGAUGAGUUUCGCAAUGUACGCGGGUUCUAUCCAUCAGAAAAAUCAACGAAAUUUAAAGGUGUUAUUUCUGUGGCAAAACGUCGAAUGCAAAAAAUGGAAAUAAAUCAAAAACUAAAAGUUAUGGCUAAUAGGCUUCAAGAAUCAUUAGAACUUAGUGAUGAUGAAUCUUAUCGAGAAAAUACUGUAAAUAAUGAUGUAAAUGAAUUUCGAGGUUUAACUUUUGACACUUGGUUUUAUAUUUUUAUGCAGUAUGCUAUAUGUUUAACGAAACAUGACGAUUUUCUUGAUGCUUUAGAAGUAAUUAAAGCUGCUAUGUCUGCUAAUGUAUUUUAUCAAAGUCAUGAGCGUUUAAACAAAAUGCAUGCUACUCGACUUGCAUGUUCUUUUUGGUCUAAGCAAUAUUCUAUUGUGGCAGAAGAAUGCAGAUAUUUUUCGAAUUUGUAUAAAUUUAGAUCAGAUGGAUACCGUUUGCAUUUUGCAGCUAUGCCAACUGGUGAAGCAAUGUUGCAUUAUUCAGCAAAUUCUGCUCUACAGAAAUAUCUUUUGCGUCAAAUAAAAAGUAUUGAUUCUACAAUGUCUGAAAAGAAUAAGGGCUCUUCUUCAGUAAAUAAAAAUGAAAAUGAUAGUAAUAUUCCGAUGCACUAUAACGUUGUGCUUCUUGUUUCUUAUGGUCACGUAAUGAUUUGUUCUAGAAGUUAUGUUCAGGCUUUAAAUUAUUAUGGGCGUGCUUAUGCUUUAGCCCCACUAGAUCCAUUAAUCUCUUUAUCAAUUGGAAUGGCAUAUUUACAUAGAGCUAUGCAACGCCAGUCAAAUAAUCGACAAUAUCAAAUACUUCAAGGAAUGACUUUUCUUUUUCGAUACUAUGAACUUAGGAAGCCCAUGGGUGUUUAUGAACAUCAAGAAGCUGAAUUUAAUAUUGCACGUGCAUUUCAUCAGUUAGGUCUUACACAUCUUGCAAUCCCUUAUUAUAAGCGUGUUCUCUCUUUGAUUACUUCUGACUCUUCUGAAGAUGUUUAUUUUGAUUUGUGUCGUCAUGCUGUUUAUAAUCUUUCAUUAAUUUAUGUUGCUAGCGGGAAUUUGUCAUAUGCACGCAAUCUUGUAGAUACUCAUUUUUCUAUUUAAAUCCAUUUGUUUUCAUUUAUUAUUGUAUAUGGUACAUAUAGUUGAU